GGAGCGACUGCUGUUCAGUGUUGUUUAGCCGAGGAUGAGAGACGAGUCUUUUGAGGAGUAUUGACAGUUCGAAUCACCUGUAGAGGAGCCCAACAGGUAAGACAUUUUUGUGGUUUCUAAUAUGCAGAAAUGUCCUGCUUUUAAAAUGUGUUUAUAUCUAAAAAUGGAGUGAUACCAAAAGGGAAGAGCACACUUACUGAGGUGAAAGUUGAUGUGUUUUUUAUCAAUUAUUAUUAGUAUUUUUUUUUUAAAUAAAGUGCACAGGUAGGGUUGACUCAGGGUUUAAUGUAACGUAGCUCAUGUAUUAGUUGGCUCUCUGCCUCUGUCUGAAAGUCAACCCUACUUACUAUAUCCCCCUGGCAUGUGCAGCUCAUCAUAUUUACUACAUAGCAAGGCUACUUCUUCCAGUAUGUACUUGACAUGUCAGUGGAUGUAUGAGUGGGGAAAUAAAACCUGUCACGGUUUACAGGUUCUCUCUUAAUAUAAAGAAUGCUUAUCGAUGUUUUACAGCUUAAAUUUAAGGAGGCAAGGCUGUAACUGGGCACCAAGGCACCACACCCCCUUGGGAUGCCUUGAGAAACUCUGGAUUGCUGUAUGAUUUAUGAUUUAUAAUUGAAAAUACAGACUUCUUUGAAUAUAUUUUUGAAGAAUAUCCCUUUCUCAAUUUGAAGCUUGGCUAUAACAAAGCAAAUCCGUCCACUUUAACUCUUAACUGUGCACAAUGCAGUGGACAUGAGGGUCCAGACACUUUUUUUUUUCAAACUUGCAUUGGGUUUGAAGUUUAAAAAUGAGUGCUAUGAAUAUUAAAAGCAAUUUUCUUUAUGCUGACAUUUCUGAUUGCAUCUUUUUCAGUCUUGCAGUCAUGACGUGCAUCCACCCCCAGCAUGAAUCUCAGCCCUAUGAGAACAGUCUUGGCAGCUUAGAGCUUCAAAACACAGACUUUAUCUCCAAGCUGGCGGUCGAUAUGAGCAACCCACGGGACCACCUCUCUGCUCCACCUCUUCCAAGCAUUAGCUCCCUGGUGGACUCUCACGCAGGCGAAUUUGACGCAUAUUCAUGCCAGUUUACUGCAGCUCCUGCCCACGUUAACACAUCCUUGGGCCAGGAGACCCCAUUCAAGCUGGACAACCUCCAGGUUUACGGUUGCUACCCCGGAGCGUUUGCUCUAACGUUCCCUGAGGAGGCUGGGUCCCCUGCUGGGUCAGAUUAUUUCGGUAGCCCUGUAUCUGCCUCAUCUCCUUCUACCCCUGGAUUCCAGCAUACGUCCAACUGGGACUCAGCAUUCGGGCCUUUUUCACCCAGUCCAGGAUUCUGGGCGACAGAGGAGACGUCUGUACCACAUGUGCCUUCGUUUUUCACUUUCAGCUCUGGCUCUGUGGAGGACAUGUCUCAUAUGGGUCAACCACAGGAUCCUUUCACUUUGGCUCAGCCUCAUUCUCACUCAUCUGCACUGACCUUCCCGGCCUUGGUGAUGGAGCAAGGGCAAAGUCUUGAAAGCUCUGACCACUUGGAUGGGAGCUCAUCGCCGAAAUUGAAGAGUCCAGGUGGGAAUGACGGCUGCUGUGCUGUGUGUGGGGACAACGCCUCCUGUCAGCACUAUGGGGUUCGAACCUGUGAGGGGUGCAAAGGCUUUUUCAAGGUAGUAAAAUCUUGUCAAUCUUUGAGCAUGUUGGUCCAACUUCCAGACAAAGUUAAAAGGGAAAAGAAAACUAAGUGCAUGAUUUUGUUCCACAGCGCACGGUCCAAAAAAAUUCCAAGUACGUUUGCCUCGCCAACAAAGACUGCCCGGUCGACAAGAGGAGACGUAACCGAUGCCAGUUCUGCCGCUUUCAGAAAUGUCUUGCUGUCGGGAUGGUGAGAGAAGGUGAGUCAAAUGCAGAUGAAUGUGUGGUGGGAUUAUGAUGACGUUGAACUGAAACUAACAGCCUUUCUCUUUGCAGUUGUGAGAACAGAUAGCUUGAAAGGACGAAGAGGCCGCUUACCAUCCAAGCCUAAAGUCGUCCAGGACGUGACGUCAACUGUGUCGCCUGUGAGCAUGAUCGCUUCACUCGUGAGGGCCCACAUUGACUCAAACCCUGGGGUCGGGAGAAUAGAUUACUCCAAGGUAAAUAAGACAAUGAACAUCCUUAUAAAGGGUUUUAUAUCAACUGUUGCAUCUUUUUAAACAUCUCUUUUGUCCGAAUUUUCAGUAUGAAGAGACAGAGGUCACCCCAAACCAGAAGGAAGAUGCGAGCGACAUCAAACUGUUUUACGACUUACUCACAGCCUCCAUGGAGGUCAUCAGGAAGUGGGCGAAGAGCAUCCCUGGUUUCUCUGAGUUCUGCACAGAAGAUCAGGAGCUUUUGCUUGAAUCGGCUUUUGUUGAACUCUUCAUCUUGCGUCUUGCAUAUCGGUGAGUACAAAAAGCUUUGAAACCUUUCUGACAGUGUGACUUAGAGAAACUUGUUCAUUCAAACCCCUGUUUACAGAGCAACAUACACACUUUGAUAGAGUUAGUAAAAAAGUAGAGUACUUACAUGUGAAUCCCUGUUCCUCCUGAAAGUUCCAACCCCGAGACCGAGAAACUCAUCUUCUGCAACGGCGCCGUGCUUCACAAGACGCAGUGUGUCCGAGGCUUUGGGGACUGGAUCGACUCCAUCUUGGACUUCUCUCAAAGUUUGCAUCGCAUGAAGUUGGAUGUCUCCUCCUUCUCCUGUCUCACAGCCCUGGUCAUAAUCACUGGUAAGGAGAGCGCUCAUCAUUUAACACCAUUAGACGUGGACACAAUUGGCUUUUGUGGCCUGAAUCAGUUUGUUUAUUUCAAGCAUGGCCAAAGUCUGCAAAAGGAAACCGGUGUCAUUGGUGAAGACAAUACAAGGCCGUUACAUAACACUAGACUGACAGGACAGGUGUUUGACAAAAUGCAACACGACUGAACAUAUAGUACAGGGAAGUUGUCAUAUAUCACAGCAGACUAAACAUAGCCACAAUGAAGGGGAUAUAUAUUAACAUUUAAAGCUCCAGUGAGGAGUUUUAAGCUGGUUAUGAAACAGAGUGAAAUCUAUACUGAUGCCUCUGUAGGAACCACCAAAGCAAACCAGGUCAUUAGCGACAAACUGUUAAUUUCUAUACAGUUAUUUUUAAUGCUUGUAAAUUCUGCCACCAGAGAGGUGUCAGAUGAGAGGAUUAACAGCACUUAGCUGUUACAGCAUCUGUUUACAUUUUCCAUGACAGUGAGUCACAGUGGAUGUUCAAGUAUACAAUCAAAACACAGCAGAAUACGUUUUUUUUUAGAAACACAGGACAGGACAACAUAAACCGAGAGAUAAGAGGUACUGCUUUGUCCACAUGGGGCGCCAAAGUUAACCUAAAACAAGGGUUCCUCACAGGAGCUGUAAGACUCAAGUGCAGUGUGUCUUGUUUAGUUGUGAACUAUUAAAGCUUGCAUGGUUAGUAGUCUUGAGUUGCUUAGAGCUCCCGUGUUUCUCAAAUGUGUCUGAUUUUCUUCUGCAGAUCGACAUGGCCUUAAGGAGCCAGGACGUGUGGAAGAACUGCAGAACCAGCUUAUUACCUGUCUCAAAGAUCACGUCUCCGGCUGCGGCUCUGAAUCAGUGCGGCCAAAUUAUUUGUCCAGACUCCUUGGGAAGCUGCCCGAGCUCAGGACUCUGUGCACCCAAGGCCUCCAGCGCAUCUUUUACCUGAAAUUAGAAGAUCUUGUGCCCCCACCCCCGAUUGUGGACAAAAUCUUCAUGGAUACACUUCCUUUCUGAGUGUGGGAAAUUGAUCUUCUGUGAUAUAAAAUCUGAUUUCACUGGCAGCCAAAGAGAACAGAAAGAGCACUUAUACCCCAGGUGGUAUCAACACAGAUCACCUGAAGAGGAAAAAGACUAAUGGAUUCUAAUUUUGGAGGAAAAGGGGCUACCUGUGAGUUAUAAAGAGACAAAAAACUUGAAGUGACAAAAAAAGCGGAGCCAGCACACAAUCCUUUUCCUCAUUUGUGUUUGUGGGAUAUUGUGCACUCUGCAGAAGAAACUAUAUUGGCCAGCUCAUGGACCAAAAGGUGACUGUUUACAUCCAACAAUGUGCCAGGAUCUGAAACAUGUGAAGAAGAGAUGAUUGCACUUUCCAAACACUUAUAGUUUGAAUAGAUUAACUCAACAUCUGCACCAUCAUUUCAAGAAACGAGCACAUCUUCUUUCUUUUCUUUUUUUUUUGUUACAUUUUGGUGUGACUUGUAUGACUGUAAAUUGCACAUAAAUGUCCAACAAAGCAUUAUAUGAAUGUGUUAAAUGAGUAAAUGAUUUCACAGAGCCACUCUGAAGCCUCCAAAGCAUACGUUUACUGUAUGCUUAUACUGCCAUGUUUGGUGAUUUAAAAAAGUAGGUGAAACCUGCAGGAUUAUUCAGACGUAUCAUUCAUGUAUCAUGAAGUGACAGUGAGCAGCUAAUAUACUGUGUAUCAGUCAGUACAGUCUUGUACACUGGUCUUAUAUGUAAAAUUGUUUUGAAUCUACCAUGGACUGUAUGCUGUAACUUUCUUUUGAGCCUGUUAUUUUUACAUACUAAGACGUUCUAUUUUACUGCAGCUAAACAUGAAAUAAAAUGGAAAACUGCAUUUUACAGUAGAUUUGGUUAUGUUUACUUGGGUUAUGUGGAGGUUUAAAAGAAGGACGACAGUUGGAUUACACAAUAGCUGACUUUGGCGCCCCCUGUGGACAAAGUAGUUGUUGCUAAUUUUGUGUUAUCCUAGUGUAGGUGGUGUUUAAUGACAAAAAUCUCCUCCUGUUGUCUUUUCAAAGUGCAAUUUAUGACUCAGCUUGAAUAUUGUGCUGUGGGUUAAUUAAGUGGUUUCUUCAGCGUACCGACCCCCUCACAGCAGCAGCAGACAUUAAAAAUGACAGUAUGGACAUCAUCAGUCUUGUCAUUAAUGGUGUCAUUUGCUUUUUCACAUCAUGGAGACACCACACCUUUCAUUUCAGUCUGUUUUACAAUCUGGCAAAAAAAAAGCUUGUGCCGAGUAACCUCCUGUGCUCCCAGCCUGUCAGCCUGAGUCCUGUGCACCUUUUUCUUAACACACCUCCAAACAUGCUGCUGAAACAUGUCCCCCUGUUCACCUCCCUCCCAGCUAUGUGCCAGGCUCUUUUUAGAAGCCGGAGGAAUUCCCUGUCCUGUCUCAAGUAACUCAGACUACUUCAUCAUUGUACAGUGCCACAUGCUAACAUACAACAAGUGUCACACUGAAGUGCUUGAAGUGAAUGUUAUGGAAAAACUGUAUCGUGUCUGCAGGGCAAUAAAAACUUUUGAUAUGUGA